ACAUCGCUUAUUACACACGAGGUGGACAAGCUAUAAAAGUUGAAUUAAGAGGGCAGGAUCUCUCCUGCUUUAGUGGAGGUUUGACAUAGAAAGCUUGGUGAGCAGUACUUACUAUCGAAGGCUGACAGUUCAUGCGACUGUACAUUUGUUCCAAUUCCUGAUUUUUUGGUCUCUUUCAUUAGAUCGAAUUAAUUCAGCUGUUUUGGUGACCGCCCCACCACACCAGUAUUGAUUUUCUCCUGUUCUCUUCCCAUCAUCAGAAAGGAGCUUCUUCCAUGGAGACUUCAUCAGUUACAGCUUUAUGUGAACUGGGAAUGGAGGAUUCAAGCUUCACCAACCAGUGGUUCAUGAACUCUCUUGAUGAUACCAGCUUACUACCAUUUGCUGCUGCAUUUGGAGAGAACAUACAUCACUCUUUCUCUCACCAAAACUUCAACCUCAAAACCUCCAUGGAUAGUGUUAGACCAACAAAACAACUGAGAACUGAUCAUUUGUCAAACCCACAACCUGCCUUUUCUCCUAACAUUCUUUCCUUUGUCAAUUCCAACCACGCAAAUCAAAUGGGAUUGAUGAAGCCUAAAGAGGAGGCAGUGUGUUCUAAGAGCAUCAACAAUCUCCCUUCUGACAUGGUAGUUUCUCAAGAUUCCUUUGGGAACCAAUACUAUGCAUUCAAGGCCUCCCAAGGACCUAAGAUGAUUAGCGCGAACGGUACUAGACUUUCUCAAAGUCAAGAUCACAUUAUAGCAGAAAGGAAGCGGCGGGAGAAGCUCAGUCAACGAUUCAUAGCUUUAUCUGCUGUAGUUCCUGGACUAAAAAAGAUGGAUAAAGCUUCUGUUCUAGGAGAUGCUAUCAAGUACUUGAAACAAUUGCAAGAGAGAGUUAAGACACUUGAGGAACAAACAAAAAGGAAAACCAUGGAAUCAGUGGUUAUUGUGAAGAAAUCUCAUGUCUAUGUUGAUGAGGGUGGUGAAAACUCUUCCUCAGAUGUGUCUAAAGGACCUAUUCAUGAGACAUUGCCAGAACUUGAAGCAAGAUUCUGCGACAAACAUGUCCUCAUAAGAAUUCACUGCAAGAAAAACAAAGGAGUUUUGGAGAAAACAGUGGCUGAAGUUGAGAAACUCCACCUAUCAGUUAUCAAUAGCAGUGUCCUUACAUUUGGGACUUGUGCUCUUGAUGUUACUAUUAUUGCACAGAUGGAUAUAGACUUCAACAUGUCAGUGAAGGAUCUAGUGAAGACUUUACGCUCAGCUUUCCAGUAUUUCAUGUGAAAAAUAAGGUCCGACUUCAGUUCAUACGAUGGUCCCAUUAGUUUCUUUGCUGCUGGUGGAAACUUUGAAGACACCAUAAAUAAUCAGAAUAUAUAGACACACACACAGCUCAAAGCCAUCUUUCCCAAAGUAGACAAGGCUUGGAAUGCACCACCACCUUCUAUCCUUACAUAUAAGCUUAUUUGCUGCGAUGUUCAUUUUGCAGGAGGGUUUUUUCUAAUCAGUUUUUGCAUGGUUAUUAAAUCCUAAGCUAUGUUCAAGACCCGUCUGUAUCAAAAGAGUGAUCUCGCUGCUUGUUUAGGCCUUUUUUUUACUGUGAGGUUGAUUAUUCAACUGAACAUGUUCAGUCCCUUUCUUACCUACUAAGGUGGUUGAAUAGGGAAGAUGGUUUUUUAGGUGUGUAGACAACAUGCUUUGUUGUUGUAGUUUGUUUGGUCAAUGUUUUAAGAGGCAGUCUGUGUCCUCUUUUCUCUUUGUAAUGUUCUAAUAAUGAUUUGUAACAAUUUCGUUCACACCAGUGGAAUAAUAAUUACUACAAAAAAUCUCUAU